GUGAGACAGAGAGAUGGAAGGAAGUUGGUCAGGGAAGGAGAAAAAUAAAGAGAACAUUGAGCAGGGCUAUGAAUAAGUGAGAGAGAGAGAGAGAGAGAGCGAGGAAGGGGAGGAAAAUUAAGAAAGAGAGGCAUAGAGAGUGAGUGAGAGAGAGAGAGAGAGAGAGAGAGAGAGAGAGCAGCAUCAGAAGCCAGAAGGCUCACAUAGAAGCAGCAAGAAAGAAAAGCAGGAGAGAGAGAGAGAGAAAGAGAGAAACUGAGAUAUCACAACACUACUGCUCAGAGUGUGGACAGAAGACAGGAAGAAAAGGACAAAGAGACUCAUGUAAUGAUCUGUAAACACUGAAGGGUGUGUGUAGCUCUUGGAUUGGUGUAUGUGAGAACAAGUGAGUGUGAGAGAAUCAGGUGGAUCACUUCUGGAUAAGUUACUCACUCCUUUUGCACACCCCUUCCUGCAAGUGAACACACACAAACACACACGUGUGUGAGCUCUGACAGGGAGACUGAUGAGGCUGUGUCUGCUCAGUACAGAAAGAUGGAUCCUGUUCAGAAGGCGGUGAUCAACCACACCUUCGGAGUCCCACUGGUUAAGACCAAGCGGCCCAUCAUCUCCUGUAAUGUCUGCCAGAUUCGAUUCAACUCAGAGAGUCAGGCAGAGGCCCACUAUAAGGGGAACCGCCAUGCCAGGAGAGUGAAAGGCAUUGAGACCUCUAAGACUCGUCCACAGGAAAGUGACAAGCCUCCUCCUGGGCCCACUUCUUCCCCAUCACCCCCAGGAUCCCUGACGGCCAAUACAGACACUGACUCCAGCAAAACAGAAGAGACGCAGCCCGUGUCACAGCUGAGCAGGCCUGUGGUAGCGCAAGGGCCUGCGCCUGUGUCAGCUCCCCCUACCCCAGACUCCCCUGGUCCCUCUACUGGUGCCCUCAUGCCAAGCCCUGCCACUCCUCUUCCCCAACCUGCAAGCAGCUCCUCGCCUGGUUGUGGGUCUUCAAACCCGGAGCCAGCUGGAGCACCAGGAGCGACCGCAGCUACUCCUGGCAACGGAGAGACGGAGGAGGACAAAGCCAAGAAACUGCUGUACUGCUCGCUGUGCAAAGUGGCCGUCAACUCUCUCUCUCAGCUGGAAGCUCACAACAAAGGCACCAAACACAAAACCAUUCUGGAGGCCCGGAGCGGACUGGGUCCCAUUAAGGCGUAUCCUCGUCUUGGGCCCAAGCCCAGUGGAGAGAGUGGGCCUACAGACCCCAACACUCAGGAACGCACCUUCCACUGUGAGAUCUGCAAUGUGCGGGUCAAUUCAGAACUGCAGCUCAAACAGCACAUAUCAAGUCGAAGGCACCGGGAUGGAGUAGCAGGGAAGCCCAACCCACUCCUGAGCCGACACAAAAAGCACAGGGGUGCAGACCUCACGGAUCUCACCAAAGCGCUGGGCGCUGGCCUUUUGCCCAGUCCUCUGGCUGUAGCUGCAGCGAUGGCAGCUGCCGCCUCGUCCAAUCCGCUAGCUCUCCGUGCCGCAGCUCCCGCCCCACACCCUCAUCAUCAUCAUCAUCAUCAUCUCUUACAGGCCCCGCCCCUUAGCCAUGCUAUUCUGAGACCGGCCCCAGGGCCAAUCCGCACCUCACACGGGCCCAUUCUUUUCUCACCCUACUGACACACCCUCGUCCACUUCAGCCAGCCAGGAGCAGCAACUCCAAAAGCACACUGUGAAGUAAUAAAUUAGAAAAAUAAAUAGCAAACCGCACAGCAAUGACUAGAAUUAACUCAUCCACCAACUGCUCAAUUAUAAAGAGGAAAAAAAGCUGGAACAAAAGGAAAUGGAGGACAACAAAGGGAAAAGAUCUGACAAGAGUUUUAUUCCUUCUCUUCCUUGCCCUACCCUCCUCUUUUCUUUGGAGUGACUGAGUGAGUGAUUAGCAAUGAAUAGAAAGACAGUAUAUAAUAAUUACUUCAGCUCAGCAUUGAUCUUUCCCUUCUUGUCACACACACACACACACACUGUGAGACAGAAGCAGUCACAUAGGAACCGGAUGUAAGAAACAAACUGCUGGAGAGUUGUGUAACAUGUAACAUACCCAAACAUGCACACAUACUAAAAGACUACUACUUCUAACUGUUUCCAUAUAUACUGUGUACCACAGUACGAGUAGUUUCUCUCUGUCAUGUUCAGCGUGUCCUCAGCCCUAUGCACCUUGGAAAAAAAAAAACAACAACAGAAACCCGUUCUGUCAGUAGGAUAGCUGCUUUGAGUGAUCUCCUCUUUAAUCAAUCCAUGUCCUAUGAAGUUCUGCCCUCUAAGACACUGUUAGCAUCUUUCCAGUGUGGAGAAGCUUCUCUGCAUAAUGUACUUAGAUCGGUCCCUUGGAAGAACUACGGUAUUCAACAAGAAGUGACAAUACGACCAGAGGGGAUGUUGUGUCUGUGUGUGUGCGUGACUAGAAGGCAAUCUGGAUUCAUGGCAGUGUGGGGAAACAUACUCACAACACUAAGUGGUACUACAGUUUGGAUUCAGAACAAACACUAACAUCUAAACACUUCCUGAGGGAAACAUCUACCAACUUCUCUCCAGAAGUGAGAGGAAGACAUGAGCUGAUGAUCUGCUGUUUAGCAGAAAUCAACCCUCAGUUCCUAAAGGAAGACCAGUAGACAUUUAUUUAUUCUUGUGUAGUGUAGCAUAGUCCAGAACUUCCAAGUUGGCUGAUAUUGGUAGUAUCACAUAAACGAAAAAAAAAAUACAUGUUAUAGAAAAGAUGGUAUAGCUGUUAGUAGACUCAGUGAUGAUGGUAUUAGAUGGAUGGUGGGGUUCUUAGAGAGAAAGACAAUAUAACAGGGGUGUCCAAACUGCAUCCUUCCUCUGAAUUAUUUUUAAAAUGAGCCUAUUAAGACUUGAAUAAAUUGGCUUAUUUAACAACUUUUAAAGGUGACAUUCUUGCUUUGACCACUGGGUGUCACUACUAUGUAAAACUGAAUCUAAAAACUUUUAAUCUUCUCCCCUUUUCCCUCUUCGUAAUGUUUAUAUGGUUAAUUUUGCAGAUCUAACUUAACAUUACUAAGGUUUCAGGUAAACAUGGUGUCACCAAAGAGACAAAAAAAAAAAGAAAGUAAAUGCAGGUAUGCUGGCAAAAAGACUACUGAAUCUGUGUUGGUGUGUGUAGUGGAAGGUGGGGCAGAGCCCAGCCAUAUAUAUCAGCCAUAUGUUUUAAAUUCCAUUGAAAUACUAAUUACCUCUUUUGAGUGACCAAUGAUAUAAAAGAUUGUUGCUAUUAGAUAGAUAUAAGCCGCCGUUCUAGAAGUUGCGCAAUCAUGGGGCAAUAGGUUCACUUCCCCACUUAGUUUCCAUAGAGUUAUUCCUGCACCUAGUGGUCAAAAAUGGGAAAUGCAAGAAGUGCUAAUAAAGGCCCGUUGGGGCAGGAACCAUACUGCCUCAUCUCGGGGGAGGAGUGGUGGACAGGGCAGUUAAUGGGGUUGCCAUACCUCCAAGGUGACCUUAUUUCCCAUUCACAGACUGCGAGAAAAAAGAGGAAAAUAUGUCUCCUGUUUGUAAUGCUGAAUAUUUUGGGCUAGGUUCAAGUCUUCUUUGUGGAGUUUGAGAGAUAGGUGGGCUGGAAGUUUUGCUGAAACCUGGCAAACCUGAUUAAUGAUAUUAGCUCUACUGUGCUCAUCCCGCCCACAGGAAACACGCCUGCUGUGUCCUGCCCCACAAAAAUCUGUGGCAGAUUUUUAUGCAGCAGAAGUUGCAUAAAACUCACCCAUUAAGAUCACCUAGAUGAAGAGGGAAUGUUAUAGUGGCAAUCAAGCAGGUCUAUUAAUUGUAUUAUUGCAUAUGUGGCCUGGGACUGCAUAUUACUUUCCCUAUCCUGUUCCCAAAAAAUGUUUGGGCACCCCUGCAAUAUAAGCAAAGGUUUGGAUACGCAAUGUGUCCAUCCUCUUUCUCUCUCUCUCUUUCUCUCUCUCUCUCUCUCUCAUAUAUACACAAGUUAUGCAACCUCAACAGAAAGGCCAGCAAUAUGAACCCUGAACAUUUCCUCCUGCAUACCGGCUAAAAUCAAUCCUGAACUCUAUCACCUGUCCCAGCGAGGGGUGGAGGAAUGGACAACACUUUGAGGAGGAGUGAGAAGGGCAGGGAAAUGAAAAAAUGGAAUGAAUAAUAACUAAACAGGAAGAAGCUACAGGAUCACAGUCACAUUGCAAGGGGACGAGACUGUUCUCCCGUUCUUUGGUCUGAACUUCCUGUCUUGAAUCUAAAGCCAUGCAAUGCAUCUAAUUUCUAUUCUUUUACUAUGGUUGAUUUAAUGUAAUUGUUUUGUCGUUGUGGUUAUUUUUUUCAUUUUCAUAAAACACUGUUUUGUUGAUUAUAUAAUUAGUGAUGUGAAGACUGUGGUGGGGGAAAAAAUACACCCAAAAAUAUUUUUUUAGGUAGAGAAUCAUGGGAUGAAAUUCAGUGGGGACAUGGCCUAUUCACUGUAUGCGGGGAAACAGAAAUAUUCAUUUAGAAAGCAAGACCAAUCAUAACAUUGGAGGGAUUUUCCACAAGGUACUGAUGGACACACCUAAAGCCCUUCCACUGACAAGUGAUGCGCUAAAAUGUCUUACUGUUUGGAUAGUUGCAAUGCAAUAAGCAAUCAGAUUACGUGACUUGCUCUAGAUGAGCAUAAACCAAAUGUACAGGGUUCUGUAAACUGAUUUGUGUGUGCCUGCUGAUGGGAAUCUGUGUUCGUCCACAGCGAUGUUGGCCUUCUCAGUGCAGCAGGAAGGGCUGUGAUGGACUCUCACCUGCCCUUCACAUAAAAAGGGCCUUAUGAAUCUUUAAUAGGGGCACAAAAUACAGGAAAUCUGAGUGAAAAUAAUAUAUAGUCAGCCAUACCAUAGCAUAUGUAGCUAAGUUUCAAGAUUUCAUUGUUGCAUUUUGUGUGUGUGGUCAGCAGGUUUGGGAAAUACAGUAUCAUUAUCAUGAUAAUGCCAUUACAGAAAUGCUAACACAUGUUAGCGUCCACCAUUGUGCUUUGAUUAAAGUGACCUCUAUUUGGAGAUGUAUUUUAUUUUCUCAUUAGUUAGUGAGGCACUAGCAAGGGUGCUAUAGUUCUUGUCAGUGUGUAUCUUCUAGCGUUGUGUGUAUAUCAGACAGAAACCAAUCAAGCUGGACUGAACGACUUGUAUCAGACCGCAGCUGGCCGUGGUGCUGUGUUCACUGAUCUGCAGUAAGCACCACUCACACAGCAGCUUCAGCGAUGCCAUGUCAGGCUGAAAACUCCAAGGAGUAACAGCGAUUCACUUCCCAGCACAGUCCAUAAGCAUGAUACGGACACACGUCCAUCUGUGAACUCUCUAAAGAAUACGUUCAUCCUGUAGUCAUCAACAGAAGGAGCAUUGUCAGUGUACAUAAAUGUUUGCAGUCCUUUGGUAGAUUCAUCCAAUCUUUCAGGGCGGGUGUAAUGUUAGUGAUGAAGUGUGUUUUAGCCGUAGCCUUAUUCCACCCUAAGCCUCUCCAGGAGCAGAGAAAAGGGAAACCCUGAGAAGCUUUUGGUCAAACCUCGUCUUGCCAAUAAAGUUAUUUUUGAAUUUGUCAGAGGGAUUAAAGAGUAUGUAUGGUGAAACGUAGCAAUAUUCAACCCAUACCGGCUACUCUUGUUUAUUGCAAUAAGGAGAUCAACCAAUAAAUGCAUAGCCUAUGUGAGUAAAAUAAUAUAGAUGUAAUUUAAAUGAAACACAGAACUUUAUGGAAAAUAUUAUUGAUAUUAAAAGAAACCUGAAGUUACCACAGGAAAAAAAAAUGUCUAUAAAUCAAUAAAGACUAUUAAACUUAA